UGUUAAAGAUACAAAGGUAAACGUACAUGUGAGUGGUAGAGAUACAAAUCUGGUUGACAUGAAUGAGCCAUUAAAUGAUGAUGAAAAAACGUUAUGGCAAUAUUUGCUGACAACAAUCGAUAACAAACGAAGGGCGGAGAGCAAAAAAUGUAAUGUGGACGAUAAAGAAAUAGAUGUUGAAAAGGAGAAGAAAGAGGUCAGCCUGACAUUCAACUCAACUAUUUUUGAAACCUCACAUGGAAUGACAACGCGCGCAUUUUUGAUAAACACAUUGGAGGAUGGGCAAUGGAUCUCACAAAACGUGAUAGAUUGUUGGGCGGCUAUUUUGAAUUACGAAGAGAAAAAAAACAAUACAUCAGGGAAAAGGCGAUUAUGGUGUUAUACGACAACUAUCCCGGAUUAUGUGUUGAAAACGAAACAGACGGAACAACAGGCGUUUACAAUAUUAACUUCACACUUGAAGGAGGUUGUUGAGUGUAACAAUAAAAUGUUGGAGUUAAAGGAAUUUAACAUCAUAAUAAUACCAAUGACCGAAAGAAAGCAUUUCUAUAUAAUAUGCUUUGAUUUGGAGAACACAAAGGUCGAAGUUAUUGAUAAUAUGGUGAGUAGCCGCGGGUUUUAUAGAAUGUCAGCAGAAAGAAGUUUUAAAGAAAAUGGAACGCCAUCUAAAGUGAAAAAUUAUAUGGUUGGCUAUUUGAAGAAUGUUAAACAUCCAAGCGCGGCACGCAUGGCAGCCGCACCGUUGACGAAGAAAAAACUGGAAUGGGCGACGAGCGAUAAUUUCAACGAUUGUGGCGUGUUUGCUAUGAGGCACAUGGAAAUGUACAAAGGGAGUGAUGUCGAGUUUGAAUGCGGUUUUAGUACGCAAAAAAAUAUUCAAGACAUGCAAUUGCAAAACAUGAGGAUGAAGAUUGCAACAAAACUGUUACUAUCAGAGGCGAACGUGUACAAGGCAACGGUUAUGUACCUCGCAAGAAAAGCAAUACAAAAUUUGGAAGAUGAAAGAAUGCGGGAAUUGUUGGAAAAAGAGCGAGCAAAACAAGAAAAAUGUUGGGACACUCUUAGCAAAUGGAAGAAUGCGGAUAAAGUUUGAGGGUAGUAGUAGUUCAUGACACGUAGGUAGUAUUUGAACAUUAAACUGGUAAUUUGGAUUGUUUUGUUUGGUUAGGCAUGUUAGAUGGUUGUGUUGGGAAGGUAACAAGUUGAUACAGUUAUGAUGCAUGUUAAAUUUUGGUUAGGUGUGGUUGGAAUUAGAUAAUCAUGUUACUAAUAGUUGGUUGAUAUAUUCAAAAUUUGAAAUC